AUGAUCUCCGUUUUUGACUCCGGAGAUGCUACUGUACCUGACUUGCCCGAUUUCUCUAGCAACUUUUCAGAUGACUUGGUUCAUGAAUACAAAAUAAAUGCUAGAAAGGAAGAUGAUUUCAACACUUCAGACUUCUCGCACACAGACGAGGACGAUGAUAGUUCAGAUUCUACCCAGCCUACUACUACCGUAGGGAAGAAGAAGAAGAAGUUCUAUCAAAUAUACCAGGAACCUCCAGCUCAUAAGCCAAGAAGACCCAAAGCAAAAAAUUUUCGAAACUAUGGGAACUCAAACACUUCUUCUUCGGAAGCAAGAAAACGUGCAAAUUGGGAACCUGGGAUUGAUGUCCUUACUACGGACGUCGUUUUGAAUACCAUCGGAUCGUCUAUCACUGUUACGGACUACUCUCAAUCUCGUUAUCGUAUUCAGCAUUUGGAAGUUCCUCCUGAUUCUGAUAGCACAUCUAAUCUGCCUCUGAUUCAGGCAUUGUCCAGUAAACACGAAUGGGGUAAAGUUCGUUGGAUCAAUGUAAAUGGCCUUUCUUGGAACGCCAUAUCUACCAUCUCUGCUCAUUUUAAGAUUCAUAGAUUGGCUAUUGAGGAUAUGGUAGAUAUUCCUCAAAGAACAAAAAUUGAUCAAUAUCCUGAACACACAUUCUGUUGUCUUCCUCUUGUGAAGCUAGUUAAGAUCAAACAGUCUCAAGAUACAAAACGCCGUUGGUUCAAGCUUCCAAAAAGAAAGAAAUCUAACAAUAAAGCGACUGUACCGACGCGAGCUGAACUGAACAGCUCAGAUGACUCUGAUUCUGAGACUAUCACAGAACGGUUAGCAAAAACAGAAAUGAGGAAAAUAUCUGUAAAACUACCUUCCAAUACUCAAAUAUAUCGUCGACUUCAACAACUACAGCCACUAAGUUAUCGAAAGUUGGCCAUUGGGAUAGAGCAGGUGUCUCUAUUCCUGUUUCCAGACAAUGUCAUUGUAACUUUUUUUGAGCAUUCAGCCCAUGAUAUAGAGAAUGCCAUAUUCACGAGGUUGACUCCGGAUGGGUCUACCAUUCUCCAAAAGUCUUGCAAUCCUUAUAUUCUGAUGCAAUCAAUUAUUGAUGCCAUAGUUGAUUUAUCCUAUCCUAUCAUGACCGCCUAUCGACGGAAGCUAUCUGAGAUGGAAUUACAAAUCCUUGACGCACCUAAAAUCGUCCAUACUAGACAGCUCCACUUAAUGAUCAGUGAACUGUCACUGCUCAAACAAGCUAUUUCCCCGACGACUUCCCUGCUCGGAUCGUUGAGAGAUUAUUCCAACAAACACUCGAUUGUGAUUUCUAGUAAGCAGCAGCCCAAGGAGUUUUUUGAAGACUGUUCCUUGUAUUUAGAUGAUGUCAAGGAUCAUACUCUAACUUACACGAACGAUAUUGACAUGAUGACCAGUCAAAUUGAAAAUCUUGUGGAUUUGAUUUUCAAUACCAUCUCUGUUGAUACAAACUCAUCUAUGCAACAGUUGUCACUAGUUACUGUCAUCUUUUUACCAUUAAGUUUUUGGACUGGGUACUAUGGAAUGAACUUCGAGUCAUUUGGUGAUUUGGAGCACAAUGUGUCCUAUUACUGGAAGAUUGCGGUUCCUUUCUGCAUUGUGCUUUUGGUUUUAAUAAUGUGGAUGCCACUAAAGUCUUUAUUGAAUAUAUGGACUAACAAAGUUAGGCUCUCGAAGAGUCACCUAUAUAUCCCGACGAAGAUACAAUCUACGUCAAGACCCCGUGAGCAAACUAAUAAGACGUCAGAGAUGAGUACUGGACACCCAACAACCAACAACAUUGUAUGA